UAUCAAAUGUCUGGAUCCGUCCCUGCCUAUAGAUAUUGAAAUAUACUGGUUUCCUUCGUUACUCCUUAUGCACGUGAGAUUGCAUUUAUUGAAAGAAAUCCGAUCAUUCUCAUUACAAGAUAAGUUGUUGAAAACGUUAUCAAAAGAAUAGAAAAUAGACGGAUAACAUUUUUUAUUUUUUUGUCUGGAAGCCCAUGGAUGUGGAAUCAGCUGACGUUUUCGCUUCUCAAGACCCUCAACCUCAAGAACAAUCGGAACUUUUCCAAGGCCAAGGCGAAGGUCUGCAACAAAUCAUUACAAAUGCUUUGAUUCAUUUAGCUCCUGCUAUUGCAGAAGUAAUUGUAGCUGGUUUUCCUCCGCAAUAUCAAUAUCAGCAGAUUGCUGGAAAUCAGCAUGAUCCUGCCAUGCUUAACGGUGAUGGAGGAGCAGAUCUAGAUCUGUUUGUGAUGACAAAUGAUCCAUUUAAGCACAUGUGGUAUGCACAUGGAUCGGAUGGAUCUCCCGGACCAGAUCCAAAUGUCUUCCACGAUCUUGGGCUCUUUGGUGAUGGAUUUGAUGCCGUUUUUGCAAUUGCCGUACAAAACUAUAACCUAGGCCGUUUUUUUGCUGGAAUGAGAAAGAGCUAGUUAAACCUAGAUAUUUCGUUUUGUGUUGCCUUUAUAAGUUCUAAUUACUUUGAUGUUUCGUCAGUUUUUCUUGUAAUUUUUUGACUAUUUUACAAAACUUAUAUUUCGUCUGCUUUUGUUGUUGGUAA